AUGGGGUGCAAGAACUCGUCUCACACGAUGUCUGGCAGCAGUUCCGUGGCAGGCACCGCUCCUGGUGCCAUCGAGGACGCUGGGAGCUCCUCACCAGUCUUCGGCUCCGGCGUUCAUGUCGGUCGCUCCGGUAACGCGGACCUCUCGGGGCGCGACCUAGAUGUGCUCGGGCCGCAGAUGGUGCACAUGAUCAAUGAAGACGAGCUACAUCGCACUGCAACAUCGCUAAGACUAUCAAACAACAGACUGUAUGCGCUGGCCAAGGAACUGCCACUGCUGUCGAACCUGCGUGAGCUGGAUAUCGACCACAACCGGUUCCAGCGCUUCCCCGAGGUACUGGUGCGGCUGCCGCGUCUGUGGCGCAUCAACGCCAGCUUCAACCCCAUCGACAGUGUACGCGGAUUCGACGUGUUGCCGCGUCUCCUCUCGCUGCGCUCGCUGACGGUGCGGGAUUGCAGCCUGAAGGAGAUCCCUAUGGCGGUGAUCCAGUGCGAAGUUCUGGAGGAACUCGACGUGGGCAACAACCCGGAGAUCAAGAUCACCGGCGUUGCCUUGCAUCGGCUCAAGCGGCUGCAGAAGCUUGGUGUGGCGAACUGCAACCUCGGUGGGCGCACCCUGCCCAACGCGAUCAAGCGCAUGAGGCUGACAUCGCUCGACAUCUCCGGCAACGCCUUCACCUUCGCCGACCCGAACUUCUUCGGAAGGAGUAUGCCGCACUCGCUGACAGAGCUGCACCUCGUCGGCAUGAAUCUCACGGCGCCGCCGGCGGUGGUGGCGCUUCUGAAGAAGCUUAACUUCCUCGACCUCGCUGAGAACCCCAUCGAGACGCUCGACGUCCUCGCCGGCCGCGUGGUGAAGCGGCUGCAUCACGUGGCUAGCAACGGCACGGUGGCCACCGCCGGCACAAACGGCUUCUCCGAUGCGCCAGCGGAAGAGGAGGACGACGACUUCGAGGGGGACGAGACGGCCACCCACGCCUCCGGCGGCGUCGCCAGCGCCGCGACGAGCCACGUCAGCCUCAGCAAGGCGAGCAGGGAGGGGAUCGUAUCGCACGUGACGCAGCCGAUUCCGCUGAAGCGGCUCUCGCUGCGCGCGUGCAACUUUCGAAUGGUGCCCAAGUACUUCCACAAGCUGGACCAACUCGAAGAGCUCGACCUCUCCGAUAACGCAAACCUCGACGACCCGAACAUGACACUCUUCUCGCUGCAGAGUUUGGUGACGCUGAACAUUGUUGGCUGCCCCUUCGCCGAGGACCCGUCGCAGUCGCGGAACGAGUGGUUCGAUAUUGGCAAGCUGCGCAACUUGCGCAGUAUUCAAUGGGAGGUGUGGAAGAGUGACCACAACAUGAGCCCCUAUCGCACCAAGAUCCCGAUCGAGCUGUGCGCGCUGCGACUGCGCACGCUGAACGAAGUGCAGCUACGCCGCAACCUCUUCACCGGCGACAUUAUUGAGACGGUCAUCAAUCUCUUGUCUGACGGCUACUUCAAGGUGGAUCUGUCCGUGGACGAGAUGAUCCUGCACAGCCACGUCGCCGCCGUCAAGGCCUUCACCGAGGGCGAGCGCUUCUUCUUCCCCAAGACGAUCACCGAAGUGCCGAACCUUGAGUGCGGCAUCGACCCAGCCUCGCUCGGGCAGGUGCACCUCAAGAUCGCCCUCAGCCGCUACAUCUUCUUCCUAGCCAUACAGGCGGCCAACUACGACGCCGUCAUCAUCCCGCCACUGGAUGUCAUGAUCAUCCAUUACGCGCAGCUCACUGUCCACCCGCUCCAGUACCGCACCGACUGCGAGGCCGUGUGUGGGCGCAUACUGGACUGCAACUAUCGCACCUUCUUUGCGGAGCAGAAGAAGCACCAGGCAGAGGCGAAGAGUGUCGUGGAUGCGUCGAGACGCAUCUGGAAUUUGAUGGUGCGCUCCGCCCAGCGCGAUCUCGCAUGGCUGCGGUACGACUUCUGGGACAAGCGACUGCGCGCGUCGGCGGCCGAUGGCGCCGCUGGAGCUGCGUUCUCUGGUGAGCAUACAGCGAUCCCGAAAACGUUGCCGCUGCUGGUCGGCAAGACGGCGGCCGAAGUGACGCAGGACUGGCAGGCGAUGGUGUUCAUCGACUCGGCGCACGACUUGGCCGGGGUGCUGGACCAGGCCAUCACGUCGCACUUCUCUGAGAAGGGCGUGGAGGAUUUCGGUGCGUCGAUUCGGCAGUUUUACGAGGUAAACCGCUGCUUCCUGUGCCACGAGGACUCACUGUGGAAGGCAGACCUCGACUGGAACCGGUACGUGAAGUUCCUGACCCUCUACGCCUACCGGUGCGCCGUGCUGGAGGUCGAUACGACCUACGUCGUGGAGCCGGUCGCGGACGAGGAAGGCAACCUUGUCGCGCCAGGCCGCACCACCUCGAUGCUGGGCAAGCACUACGACUCCAUGCACAACUUCAGCUUCGACGACUCGGGCAAGUACCUGCCGAAGCCACAAGACGGGGGGCCCUUUCUGCCCCCCGUCAACAGCGUGUGCGAGCACCAGGCCGAGUCUAGCGGUGUGCCGCAGACCCGCACCACCAGCGGCAUCGUUCGUCCGUCCUUGUCUACGCUGCAGAAGGCCAGCAAGUCGAACAAGCGGCUGACGAUGGUGCGCCGGCUGGAGGGCAACCCCGUGCCCACGAUCGGUAUCAUCUUCAUGCUCCACGCUCACCGCACCGCACACCUCAAGUAUUAUCAGUCCAUGUCGCUGUUUGCCAUCGAAAAUGUUGAUGUCGUGUGGGGCGCCGCGGGUUACAGCAUCUUGAAGCAGACGCAGGGCGCAUGGAUGGCCCUGUAUGACGAGGCGUACGUCAGCGAGAACAAGGUGAUGCCAUUCGGCUACCUCGUGCAGAAUGGCGUGCUGAUGCCGACUUCAGACCCGUGCAAUGCCGCGAACACAUUGGCAGGGGACGGCUCUGCUACAGCGAAGAAGUGGGGCGGUACAUCGCAGCAGAAGCAUCGGUACGCCUACGAGGCGGACGUGGUGCCGCGCAGGUCGUGCAUCAAGGCGCGCACACGCAGCGCGGACAACUCCGGCCGCCGGGUGACAUUCUGCAGUGGUGACACGGAGUUCGGCGUCUUCUAG